AUGCCUCCCAAACAAAGGAAGAAAGCUCCCCGCGCGAAAAGGCAAACAUCCUCCGCCUCCGAUACCUCUUCCGUGACAUCUCCCCAGAUAGCAACAACCAAUUACCGUGAGAUCCACUUGAACGAGGCGGAAGCCCUUCGUUCGAUUUAUGGCGAUGAUUUUGAAGAGGUUGAAAAUCGGCGCUCAGCAUGGCAGCAAACCUCCAACGUGACUUUUAAGCUCCACCUCCGAGCCUCCUCGAACUUGGACGUGCUUUUAGUCCUGUUGGUUGAGCUACCCGCUACAUACCCCAAAACCGCUCCCAACCUUUCUCUGGAAAAGCUCGACGACCUCCGCGAGAAUGCCCGCUCUCGAAUCCAGAAAAUUAUUCGUGAGAAACCCAAGACACUCCUCGGCAGUGAAAUGAUCUACGAGCUGGCGCUGUCUAUUCAAGAUGUUUUGGAAGAUGUCGCUCAAGCUCGGGAGCAGGACAAAGAUCUACCCAGUCUCGAGGAGGAACGCAUGGAACAAAAAGCUGCUGCCAUUCACCGCGCCGAACUCGAGAAGCAGGAGGAACUGCGGAAGCAAGAGGCAGAAAAUGUGGAGGAGGCGCGUGCUCUACAGGUAAUGCUUGCGGAUAGGGCUCGACAGCGAAGCAAGGCUCAGAUUCUGAGACGCAAGAGUCGGACAGGUGGGGUUGAUUCGGACGAUGUUGGGGAUCUUGUGGAGAAUACUCCGGGCGCAAUCUCAUUCGACCCGCCCAUAUCAGUCAAUGAUACCGAUGAGCAACCGCUGGUGUUCCGUGCCGUGCAUGGAAAGACAUUACUACAUUGCAAGCAGGGCAAGAACACAUUUACUGUGAGGCCCGUUGUCUCCGAGGGCCGGUGCCACGUGCCUCUCCUUGUUCUCAAGGAGAUUUUCCUCAGCGAGAAAGGCUUCGAUGCAUUCACAUUUCGAGAGCAAAUGCGGACCAGUGAGGAUAAAUUGGAGGGCUUGAGACGACUUCGGCAUCCUAACCUUGUCGAAUUUGUGGGAUUCAAGAUCAUUCGUCCUGUCAGCCACUUCGACUCACCGGAAAACUCCUGGACCGUUUAUGCUCUUCUGGAAUUUGCGAAUAAAGGCUCGCUGUCUGAGCUUCUCGAUAUCGUGGGCACUGUCGCCGUCGAGACCCUCAGAGGCUGGAUGAUUCAACUACUCGAGGCCUUGGAGUUCUACCACCGUAGUGGGUUCGUCCAUGGAAAUAUUCACUGCGAUCGAAUCAUGCUGUAUAGAAACACCUCUGGUGGGACUAUUGUCAAACUCGAAGCUAGUGUUGAAGAGGCCCUGCCAGACUCUCCGGGUGGAAAGCGUUCCCUAACUACAUCAAAGUCCCCGUUAUGGCUGCCCCCAGAACUGACACAAGAGGGUGCACUACCAACCAUGAAGACUGACGUCUGGGACCUCGGCAUUAUCAUGCUACAGAUGGCAUUCGGAAAAGACGUCUUUCUGCGAUACACCUCGGCCAACCAAUUAAUGCUUUCUUUGGGUCUCUCCCCUCCAUUGCAAGAUCUGCUUCAAGAAUUCUUCCGGCCAGACCCGAGAAAACGGCCAACUGCCUUCCAACUCCAGCCGUCGGAGUUUUUCCGAGUAGAUGCGCCCUUGACUAUGCGCGAGUCUUCGAAUUCAGUAUCAAUCCAAAGACGGCCACGACUCGACUCCUCGGGGGCCAUGCCAGCCUUCUCACGCUAUCACCAAGACUUUGAUGAGGCCGGCCAUUUGGGUCGCGGCGGGUUUGGACAAGUUGUCAAAGCUAGAAACAAGCUGGAUGGCCGUUUCUAUGCCGUCAAGAAGAUCUCUCAGACUUCUGCUGCGGCAUUGAAGGAUACAUUGUCUGAAAUCAUGCUUCUAUCGCGUCUGAACCAUCCUUACGUUGUGCGGUACUAUACUGCCUGGUUGGAGGAAGACUUCAACAACAUCGAGGCGGAAGCAAUGUCAUCAACCGAAGGCGACCCAUUUUCCAGCCAGGACCAUCGUGGCUUCAGCACUGGUGGCCUUGAUUUUAUUAGCUCCAGCGGAUAUCCAAAGAUUGAAUUCGCUGCUUCAGAUAGCGAAGAUGACGGAAUGCUUUCGGACCGGGGCCACCGUGAUACCCCUGGAACUUAUGGUACUGGCACAGAAACGGGCACUGAACGAAGCGCUGAAAUCAGCCGGGCACGAUCUGGCUCAUAUGGUCGGCCUGUUUUGACUACACUGUACAUUCAGAUGGAGUAUUGCGAGAAGCAUACCUUGCGAGACUUGAUUAGGAAUGGCCUUUAUGAUGACAUAGAUCGCUCUUGGCGCCUGUUUCGGCAGAUUCUUGAUGGCCUGAGCCACAUUCACAGCCAUGGCAUUAUUCAUAGAGACCUGAAACCGGACAAUAUUUUCAUUGACGUCGCUAACAACCCCCGUAUUGGUGACUUUGGCCUCGCUACAAGUGGACAAUUCAUGACGGCGGUACGCUCGUCUGCAGCAGCGGACUUCGAAGGAGACUUCACCCGCAGCUUGGGAACAACUUACUAUGUUGCACCGGAAAUGAAGUCGGGACUACCGGGACACUACAACGAGAAAGUCGAUAUGUUCUCUCUCGGUGUUAUUUUCUUCGAGAUGUGUCACCCACUUCCCACUGGUAUGGAGCGCGAUCAAACCCUACGGGCGAUUAGAGAGCAACAUCAUACUUUACCGGCUACUUUCCAACAAUCUGAAAAGGUUGUGCAAGGGCAAAUUAUUGAAUCCCUGUUGAGCCAUACCCCGACCGAGCGUCCUACAGCUACCGAACUUCUUUCCAGCGGUAGAAUUCCGCUUCAAGUCGAAGAGGAGACGUUCAGACGGGCCAUCGUCCAUUUGCUGUCUGAUCCAAAUUCUCCAGACUACAAGAAGAUUCUUUCUGCGAUCUUUUCUCAGUCUCCGAAGAAAUUCGAGGAUAUCGCCUGGGAUAUGGAUUCGCAUGCAACACCAGCAGCCAAUGAGCUACUUGUCCAGGGUCUCGUCAAGAAGAAGCUGACUUCCAUUUUCCGCAAACAUGGUGCGGUAGAAUCUGCAAGACAGAUGUUGUUUCCACGAUCUCAGCAUUAUUCUGCUGGCGCCGUGCGCUUAUUGGAUGCAUCCGGAAAUCUGCUACAGCUACCGUUCGACCUGACAGUUCCUAAUGCACGGGCAAUCCCUCGGCAAGAUUCUUCUCUGGAGAAGACUUUUGCCUUUGGGACGGUCUACAGAGAGUCUACUCACGGCACUGAACCCCGGACUCACCGAGAGGUGGACUUUGAUAUUGUGUCCUACAACACCUUGGACCUAGCGCUCAAGGAGGCAGAGGUGAUCAAAGUUCUCGACGAGAUCAUCGAAGAGUUCCCACCUCUUCGGUCGGCCACAAUGUGCUUCCUAGUCAACCACUCUGACCUCCUUCAACUCAUCAUGGAGUUCUGCCGCAUCACACCUUCCCAAAUACCGUUAGUGAAGGAUGUCAUCAGCAAGCUGAAUGUUGGAAAGUGGACGAUGCAAAAGAUUCGGAGCGAGCUUCGAUCUCCAUCGAUUGGUGUUGCGUCGACGUCUUUAGAUGAUCUUGCGCGGUUUGAUUUCAGAGACACCCCGAAAGGGACACUCCGGAGGCUACAAACCAUCAUGGAAGGCACCGAGUUUGCCGAGCGAAUUCCCCCUAUCUUUGCGCGCUUGAACGUGCUUAUGACCUACCUGCAAUGCUUCGGCGUCAAGCGCAAGGUCUACAUCAAUCCACUAAGCAGUCUGCAUGACAAAUUCUACCGAGGCAGCAUUCUGUUCCAAUGCGUCUUCGAUAGCAAGCGCCGCGAUGUCUUUGCUGCGGGUGGCCGAUAUGAUCGCUUGAUCCAGGAAUUUGCGCCUAAGGUCUUGUCAAAUCGGCCCCAGGCACAUGCAGUCGGAUUCAACCUUAGUUCAGAUAGACUGGGUUCAUCGAUGACCGAAUACUUGAAAUCCAAGGCUCCGUCGAAGGAUACCGAGUCUGGGGCUGAGCUGUACUGGGCAACCCGGCGAUGUGAUGUCCUCGUGGCUAGUUUCGACGCGACUGUCCUCCGCACAACAGGAGUCAAGAUCGUCAAGGAUCUCUGGUCCAACGGUAUCAGUGCUGAGCUUGCUGUGGACGCUUCAUCCCUCGAAGAGCUGAUGGCUAAGUACCGUGAACAUAAUCAUCGCUGGAUUGUGAUCGCCAAGCAAGACAGCAAAGAGCGUGGCUACAAAGUACGGAAUCUCAUCCGCAAAGAGGAAUUCGAUAUUCGCAGUUCCGAGCUGGUGCCGUGGCUUCGGUCUGAAGUGCAAGCCCGCCACCAGCGCGAGGGCGCUUCUGAUCCACGCCAGGCCCGUCAGCCUGGGCAGCAGGAUGAUCUACUCUCGAAUGAAAAAGCAAACGACGUGCGCAUUCUUAUUCCGCAGCAUCGGAGUAAGAAGACCAAUCGCAGGAAUAUCGUUGAGUCCGCUCUCUCCCGCGCCCGUGAAAUCGCCGAAAACGCUCGCAACGGCCCUGUUGCCGCAAUUGAUACCCGUGACGAUGUCCUCGACUCCAUUCGCGACACCAGACUCUCUGAUCCUGACAGCUGGCGCACUGUCAUUCAGAACGCACCAUUAACAGAACGAAAGUACCUGAGCCAGGUAUACGAACUGCUGAGUGAUUUGGCCUCAGAGAACCACACUGGUGAUGGCGCAGAGAGCUUUACCAAUGCAUUUAUCUACAAUUACCGGACAGGUUCAUGCGUGUACUAUGAUCUCGGUCCUUGCGACAGGUGA